GGUUGGAAAUGGAAGGAACAGGUCAACUUGUCUUUUUUGUCCAGAUCUUUUGUAAGUAUUACACCCCGACAAGCUGAAAAUCAAGGUCAAUGGUCCAAAGUAUACAAACCCACAACUAUCGCUUUGUAAAUUUUACCCCAUUGGAACUUGUCACAAAUUAUCUUUCCGGUCACGUUCUGGUUGACCGAAGGUGAGCCACAAGGCCUAGAGCGUUUCCAUUUCUCUUUGUCAGGGAACGCCGGAGGAAGGGACCCUAUAUCCCUUCGUUACGUGACAGACUGAGCGGGAUCAUGACUUAAUUCUUAGUGGUUCUCAGGUUGUGAAAACGUCUCGGUCACGAAUCUGCCAAAGAACCUUGAUAUUUAUGGAAAGAGGCAAAAGCGACGUAACAAGAGAUAAUCUUAGGUCCUCCACAGACUAGGCAUUUAGUUGUCGGAAACUAAAAGUUAUCGACAACUAAAAAAACGCAGUGUGUGAGGCGACUUGUCGACAACUAAUUAAAACGUUUACUCUUAAGUUGUCGACAACUAAAGAAACUGCUUUAAAGUUGUCGACAACAAAUACUUGUAGAUAAGUACCGUUUGUACCGCUCUAGAAGAUUAAAGCCUGGGUCUAAGUAAUUAAUGGUUUUUAUGUACAUUUUCCAAAACCCGUUGUUAAAGACAUCCCCGAGGAAUUGUAGAUAUAUCUAUAAUUAAAAAAAAUUAAUUAAAAAGUACACUCAACUAAAAAAACUUGAAAAAAAGAUAUCCCAAAUAGUUGGUCAUGUGUUUGACCACGCCCUCUAUUAUUCAAAAGAUGUAACCAACAAUUCCCACCAUUUGCCAAACGUGUAGCUCCAGUUUCUCUGUGUCAAAACAUUGACCCUACAAAGUGUCUACGAAAUCAGCUCGAAAUGGUUCGAAGUGUUACAAUUGGCGGGUGUAAUUGGUAAUCGUUGACUAGUGCCAAUCCUCCUCUAACUGAAACUUUCGUCAUGGGAGAGACGUUUUUUAGUCUGCUACACAUCCGUUUUUAGUGUCGUCUCGCAACGUUCCUCCCCACAAACGGCUGCUGAGAAUCGAACCACAUUCCUUUCCCGCGGUUAGCCAAUUAGAAUUCAGCUCCCAUUUCCUGGAAGGUGCUCGCGCCUCAUGUGCGGUAUGGUGACUCCCCUAAUCACAGCUUUGAUUUUGUCUGUGCCUCAUAUGUGAAUGAUAGAACAAUCAAAAUCGUCGCGUGAAAACAAGCAAUCAACUAGAGUAGUGUUUUGUUGUUGUUGUCGGGUCCUAUUCAAAAUUUAUGAGAUAAGCAGCACCGGCAAGCAAGUCGAGCAAAUGUGGUCUAUGUUGUGCACAAGAUGGAUGUGCUUACAAAGUUGCCAGGUACGGUUUUGAGAAAUCGCUCAUCGAUAAUUUAUAAGAAUGCUUAAAGUGUUUGAAUCAGUACACUUGAGAGUUUAGUCUUCGCAUUUACAGCAACACAAUGAGCACAUCCGGCACAUAAUAUUCGUCAUACAUAUGCACGUUAAAAAGAGCCAUCUGAUCCUGGUAAGAGUCUUGUAGACCUAUCAAACCUUUUUUUUUCACUUGGAAAUUUGUUAAUCGCUUAAAACAAACUUUUCUCCAAAUUAACACAGGGCAAAGAGCCCGUCCAAAUUCAGCGACGAUUGAUAGAUUUGUCGAAAAUUGACAAGUGUGUUCGCUUCCUAGCGCCCCGCAGCUUACGUAUUGUCAAGUUUCUUAAACAUGAUUGGUUUGUUCGUAAGACCACAAACACAAAGGGAAAGGAAUGUGGUUCGAUUCUCAGCAGCCGUUUGUGGGGAGGAGCGUUGCGUGACGACACUGAAAACGGCUGUGUAGCAGACUAGACAUUUAUUGACAUUGUCUCAUUCCGACUAUUUUUACAAGAAGACUAUCUGUAGCCACUGACUGGACCCACAAAAGGAAGACUGUUUGUUGAUCUUUAUGAAUUUCCACUCAAAGGAUUUCUCUACAAACCAGGGCGUGUCUGGUCACGUGAUGCAUAAAUAGAAAUUGGAAGAUUUCUUGAUUGUGAUUGUCCUUAAAUUAUUAUGCGUGCCAUCGUUAGAAAAUACUUUACAUUAGACCACCUGCCUUUUAAAUUCUGAGAACACGAAGCACACUUACUAACUCUGCGGUAUGGCCAUUACUGUAGUUAAUACCCAACACAUGUUAUUUAAUUUUUAAUGUCGCAAAGUGUCAUCACUUAGGUAAGAGGGCAGCAAGAAAGAACGGGCGCGCGCCCGUUUUUUGUUUCUCCCACUACUUCCAAGCGCCUUCCAAGCAAGAAGGCGAUUUUAAAAAUACCCCCUGCUUCAUACCCCAAUGGGGAUAUGGAUUUGCAUGCAUAUGUACGUCCGAGAGUUAAAACUAAGACAACUAUACUUGUGUUGUAUUUCAGUCGCUAUGAUUGUGGGAUUAAGUGCUCAAUCUGCUGGUAGGUAUGCGUUAAUAUUGUAAAGGACAUUCCGAUACCGAUACUCUUGUUCUUUGGCCGAGACAAGAUAUUCGCCGCACCCAUACGUCAAAUAUUUACUAUGGCAAGCUGAAGCUUAUUUACAUCUGCAUAGUGCACUCUCCUGUAUAGGUAGAGCCUUUAUGCUGUUCAAGGCCCUAACUUCUAUGGCUGCGAGUAGGAGGCCAAAAAAACAACAACAACAACAACAACAACAACAACCAACCAACCAACUAACAAAACGAAACAAAACAAAACAAAAACCACCGAGUGGCGAGUGUUGAGUCUGCGAACUGCCUGGAAUUCCGCGAGGUGGAGAAAAAAAAGACUUCUUCUAUUUUUCAUAAUCCCAAAUCAGCUCGAGCGCAGCCAUUCUCUUUGUUUUUAAUUGUAUUUGAUUUUUUUCUUUUAUGUUACAAUAACUAAAAAAUACGCGCUUGAGAAGCGCAUGUGACUACUGCUGAAGAGUAAAAUGACAAUGGUAGAACGGUGCUACAUAAGCCAUAUCCUUAUGUGGAUAUUCGCACAGCCCCAUACAUGUAUUUUGCAUCAUUCAACACAUUUGAAUUCUUUAAAAUGCAUUGUAUCGUUUCUCAAUGAUUCGUAACGCAUUUGCAAAGUUUGCCAUGAAUGCUUGCAAUUUGUCAAAUAAUGACAAUGUUUCCAUUUUUUCUUUUGCUGGACGAUACACUGAAAUGAUAGCAAAUUUUAGGUCAACGCGGGAUUGUCACACAAUCCUGGGGAGGAGCGCUUCGUGACGACCCUGAGGAGAAUCAGCAUAUUGAUUAGAUAUCAAAUUGCGUCGUCGAUCAAACUGGUGCCUAGUUCGGAUGGACCGAAAUUUAAAGUAUAGUUGUUUUCAUUACUUGGAAACGAUAUAAAUUAAGCCUUUACAAGCAAUAUUGGAAAAUAAUAUACUUUGAACGAGAAAAAAACAACAACAACAACGACAACAACAACGAACAAAGUAGCCAAUCACGGCAGUUACAAUGAAGUUAAAGCAUGUUUUACUGUCUUGCAGCCUCAAAUUGCAUUAGAUUAUACAUUUUCAAGGUUCGAUACUAUCACAUUAUUAGCUGGUCCCUGUGAAAUAAAUAUCUGGCCGAAAACCGACAAGCUUUUCAGUUCUUUCAGGUUCGGUUGAAGAUUUUCCGAUGACUUUUUAUCUUUCGUGACAUUACAAGACCUGAGAAAUCAUUUUCAGGAACAUCAGAAAUUACCCUGAUCGCGCUUGGAAGUCGAUCAGAAACAUCAUUUAACUGACAAUUUUUAAAGAACAAAAACUCGAAAAAUAUCCUGUUUCCUUACUACGUGUGUUGUGAAUUGCGUGUCAUUUGCGUUGUACAGGCAUCCCACGGAACAAGGCUAUCGGCUGGCACUCCCACGGUAAAAAUCCGGUUCGGUUGUACCCAAAAUUGCAAAGCCAGCCAAUAGGAUUGCGUAAAAUCUUUAUCGAUUGUUUCUUCUUCUAAGUCGACCAAUGGAAUUGUACAAAACCUUUAUCGAUUUUUGAUCGACUUGCUUCAUCUGGAGAACGUUUCCGAACGUUUCAUUGUACGAACGAAUUGCAAAGCCAGCCAAUAGGAUUGCCUAAAAUCUUUAUCGAUUAUCUCUUCUUCCAAGCCGACCAAUCAGAUUGUACAAAAUCUGUAUCGAUUUUUGAUCGAUUUGCUUCCUCCGGAAGAACGUUGAAAUCAGAACGUUCCUUGCCAAAUUUGUCGCCCUUGAGUUUUCCCACUCGUGGUUUAGGGUGCCUUGUUAACCAGCGAAAUCCUUCGGGAUACUGGCAAGUCACGAAAGGCGACCUAAGCCAAUUUUUUUCUUCCCUUCAUGAUUCUUUUUUGUUUAGGUCUAGAUUUUUCAUAAGGUUUUAGUAGCGUCUGGUUGCGGGCCGUGAUUUCCGAUAGAUUUUUCUAUUCGGAGUUCGCCAGUUUUUGCCGAGCAGAGCAAGAGUUCAGUUUUUUUCUUUUCUUAUCGAAAACACCUUGACGAUGGGAGGUUAAACUGCGUAAAUUUCAACUCGUACCCUUGACGAUUGGCGGUGAAAUCGCGAAAAUAUUGUCCUCGUCGAUCGACGACUCGCUUUCGGCAUGGAUUGGACUUCUGGAUGGGACACGGAUCAGGACCUUAGUAAACUUAUUAUACCUUGAAAUCAGGGAUAAAAAUUGGAACUAUGUUAACUUUGAGACCUUGGAAACACAUUGCAAUUAAUUUUUAACCGUAUCAAGAGCAUCUUGGAAUAUUAAACUUUCAUCUUGGAUUAAAACAUUGGAACUUUAUCGAACGGUUUCCCUAAUUUUUCCAAAUUCAGAUAGAACGCCAUUAUGCUUCCAUAGACCAAUGCAUCCCACGGAAACGACUUUAGGCGUCUUGUUGCUUGUAGAAAAUGAACAUCCUUGGUGAAGCCUGAUACUAUUCCGAUACCCAGCACUUGACCGAAGGCCUACUCCAAAAUUUCAUUACGCAAUGUUUUCACAGGAGUUGAUUUGGAGCGAAGAAAUCUAUUAUACAAAAAUCGUGGUUUUGAACAUAAGAAGUGAAGAUACCUCCUUGAGAAGUGAUGUACUUCACUGCGUUUUCAUUCGGUUAUACGGCAACAUUUUUUCAACUUGAAUAAGCGCAACUUGUCUCACGAGCCUCGAGGCAGCCGAGCAUUUCAUUUGUCAUGGAGAGCUAUCGAAAAAUCAACCUCGCGACAAACGAUUCCGAAAAUUGGUUAUCUUUGUAUGCUGAUUAGCUCCGAAUUAUAUUCUAUUGUUACUUACUUUCGGAAAACUAACUCGAUGCCAACAGUGACACUGGCGCAUGCGCAGUAGUCAUAAAAACGUGAUACCAAUUACAAGAUAAAUGGAGAAAGGCAAUAUAUAUUAUAACUAAUAGGCCAUAUGCAAGUUACCCCAUGCCUCUGUUUCAAAGCGAGGCUAAGUGCGAAGCAAUUGAUUUGGAAUAUGAUUAUAUGUUCUCAUGUAAGUAAAACUUAUUUUUAUAAGAAAGGUUUUGCACUUAGUCUCGCUUUGAAGUUGAGCGUAACUGUGGAACUCGGAAAUCGCCUAUUAUAUGCCCUUUUAAUUACAUAAAGCUUUUUUUUUUAGGAAGAACAGAGAAAAGAAAAAAUAAAAAAAAAGGAGCGAAGCGUGAAAACACACAAGGAAUACAGAAAUUACGAGAGUCGGUGUGACUAUGAAUAUUACGAGGGAGAGUGCUCGAUUAUUAUGAAUAGUGGCUUUUUACACAUGUACUUAUAGGAAGAUCAUUCCAAUUUUUUGAAAUUUUACCUGGGAAAUUGUACGAUUAAAAGGCAAUUAUGAUAAGUAAAAGUUCUGUGUUUCGUAUGGUUAGUAUAGGUAAUAGCACGAUUUGUAGUGAUAUUUGGCAUAAAUACCACGAGUGACAUUUCGAAAUUGUUAUACGUAAUUUCACGAGCCGUCAGGCGAGUGAAAUUUGAGACAAUUUCGAAAUAUCACGAGUGGUAUUUAUGCCAAAUAUCACGUACAAAUCAUGCUAUUAUUUGUUUAUACUACUACCCGCUAAAGGUUUGUAAUUUUCGCAUGCAGGUAUUUCAAAUUAAGCUGAAAUACCACUGCUCUAAGCCAAUCAAAUUGCAGAAAUUUCUCAUGUAGUAGUAUAAGAAAAUGAAAUAAAAUAGGUUGUAUCAUAGUUAAUUGAGUGGAAUGGUUAUGAAACCCGUCAGACUCCUUUGUUAUAUGUUUUUGUGGACCUGAAAGUGCACAACGUUCAAAAGAAUUCCUAUCAUUUUGAUUGUAUUGACCAAUAAAAACGUUGCAUUAAUUUAUUCCGUAACAAUUUGCCAACAGAAAACAAAGGAUUGUGCACUUUCACGGUGCUUUGAACAUAAACUGCAGCACGGUUGUUUUUAUCAGUGAUGUUUGCCGCUUUUCAUAACCAGUCUCCUCUAAUAACUAUGGUUGUAUUUGGGAGACGCUUUGCCUCGUCAUUUGGAAGAUAGGGUGUCCCCGAACAGCAGGCACUCUCGUCUUGCCUUUUGCACGAAGUGUGGCCCCGUUCGCUCCGCUUUGCUCAUAGGAAGAAGUAAUUCUCUACUUGUUUCAAACUACCCACUUUUCGACAGAAACCAAGCCAAGUUGUGGCCAAGUCUAUGCCAAGUAGUGGUCGUCGGUCCAAGCACAAGUGUUCCACUUCGAAUUAUGCAUGUGUAAUCAAAUGGUGACGAGUGAAAUCAUUUCACCAUCUGAUCACGUACUGAUAUCAUGGUUGACAAAUUAUGCUAAAAAUCGUGGGUUUUUUCAUUUGUUAAGCGGAUCCGAUGCGAUACGAGUCGAGAAAUCCACGCACCGAAACUAAGGUUUAGUCCUCGUAAAUUUUGGCUUACGUUUACAAUUUUCUGAAUUUGCCGAGAUAAUAGCUGUUAAAAUCCUUCUUCCUUUGUUCUUUAAGUUUUCUAAAGCGUCUUUUAAUACUCCGACAUCUUUAUUCAUACCAUUUUCAAACCUUGACGCCAACUUGGCCCUGCUACAUACGGAAUACAGUUCGUAAUACAAGAAGAACAACUUUAUUUUGAAUGCGGGGCAAGAUUAACGAACUUCUAUUUAUCAAAGGUAUUGUGGUUUUGCCCUUCUUUUUUCGAAAAAAAAUCUCAACGAAACAAAAUAUAGCAUCUACAGAAAUCGCCCACCAGUUUUCAGCACCGAAGGUUCCUGUCUCGAUCGCGCGAGGAGAAAUAAAGCCACCAACUCCUGUACUUCAACCGAUCUAUUUCAGCUGGAACGAAAAGCCAUGUCUUUGGCAAAUUAUUCACGCUUGUUAGAUUUGUUAGCACUUUCGCACUGGCAGCUAUAGUUUGCCAUUGGGGAUAAUGAAAAGAAUAAGACGACUGUCAUAUUUUUCUUCAUCUUUAUCCCUAAGUGGCAAACUUCCCGUGCGAAUGUGAUGACAAGUCUAAAAUUAAGCUUGUCAUAAUGAAUAAAUUACCAGGUACAAGGGCGUAGAUGCUAUUUUUUUGCUUUGUUAAGGUUGGUUUCGAAAGGAGAAAGACAAAUACAAAGUAGUUUUGAUGCCCCGCAUUCAGCAUAAAGUUGUUCUUCUUAUAUUGCGAACUGUAUUCGCCGUAGGUGUUUGAUUGGGCAAGAAUACCCUUGCAGAUAGAAGAUAGUCCGUUGGCACUCUUCCUCUCUUUGUCCGUCAACUUUCACGAAUGUGUUAAUGCUGCAUUUUAGAGCGUCGGAAAGGCGGGGUGUCGUAGACGGUUAACGGGAAUUAAAAUCGAAAUUUCUCGGUUCACGGGAAUUAAAACAGACUUUUCACGAAUCACACAAAAUUCAGCGUUUGAUUUUAUUUGUCGCCCAGGCAUAUAGUAGUGCAAAACUGAGGUGUCGACUAUUUAGAAUUAUGCAUGCAUAAGAAAUAAUUGUUUCCACGCCCUAAAGUACUAAAUUUACAAAAAUUCACAACUGCAUGCCGUACUCUACACAAGCAGAACUGGUUACCCUACAUUGUUUACAAUCCUUUAGUGUGGCGAGUAUGGCAAGAACAAUAUCUUUGCCAGUAGUUUUAUAGGUCUCAUAAGGCAAUGACACAGACUAUACAAUACACUGUUGACUCUUGUGGCCGGACAACUCUGAUCAUUCGACUUCUACUUGUCUGUAUGCCACCACAGGUAGUAGAGGAGACUGGUUAGGAAACCCGGCAAACGUCAAAGUUGAAAAGAACGGUGCUGUAGUUUAUGUUGGAAGCUCCAUGACCGUGCACAAUCCUUUGCUUUCUGUUCACAAAUUAUGACUGAAUAAAUUAAUGCAAUGUUUCUAUUUGUCAGUAACUUCAAAAUGAUAGGAAUGCUAUUGUACGUUAUGCUAGAUCAGGUCCAAACAAGCGAACAAAAACCUAUUAUAACAAAGGGUUUCCCAACCAUUCCACUUUAAUUAACUAUGACGCCACGGAGAAAGAUCAGUGCAUCUUCAUCAUCGCUCAGGUCUUCUCUGACAUUAGAAUAUGUGUUGUAUUCUUGCCCGGUAUUCUUGCACUUUUUCGGAGUCAUCGGAAACGUCAAAAGAAGUAGUAUCCUGUUGAUCAUGCGGCUGAAUGCCAGAAGCUGUAGUUUCUACAUCAUCUGGAAAAGGUUGAGUGGGGAAAACUACCUUCUCCGCUGGUGUAUAUGUUGAGGAAGUGUCCCGGCCUAAAACUUGACUUGACCUAGUAUAUCAAGUUCCUCGAAAGUUUACGUUCAAUAUUUCACGAAAAAUUAGGUAAUUAUAGACCAUGUUCACGAAUCUUGAGUAAUCGGUUAGUUAUUUCACAAAUUACGGGAUUACUUUUUGUGCACUGAUCACGAGAAAUAAAUUCUUUCGUUCACGAUUGACUGCAAUCAAAAAUAGGCGACCACGGUUCACGGAAAAGCCCCUUUCCGACCCCUAUUUUAAGGUUAAAUUUGACCAGCAUUUUGUGCAAUGACUUCUACGGUCACGAUUGACUUCAAACUCGCAGAUAUAAAACUAGGGAGCUCUGAGGCUCAUUUGCUAAAGUUAGAGAAAAAUCGGUCGUAGAGUUUUUAAGUUAUUGACUUUUUGUGUAAAAAUGCGGUUUUAAACAUAUCCGAUAUCUCAAGCGUUUUCACACCUAAAAGAAAAGAAAAUAACAUUUUCUUAAAGUUGCUCUAUUCUUUAUUAAGGAUGCCAAAAUCAUAGAAAUCGGGUAGAAUUUCAAAAGGUGGUAGAGUGCACUCUUCAGAGUCAGACUAGAUAUAAAUUUUAAGUGGGAGUUUUGUUUCUAAAAUGCAAGGCGGAUUUUUCGGUGGAAAAUGUUAAAGAGCAUUUCCUGCAUCAUCGAAGGCUCAUCCUAAGGUUUUAACAGCACGAGUAUACGGUAAUAUCGUGUUUGGUAUAACAGGUUUGAGAAGUUUUAGGUUUAACAGGGCAGGACGGUACAAACACAGGACGGAAAUCCUCUUCCUUAUAUCACUUUUACGAUAUCCUUGCAGUUCUCCAAAUUUGAAAACUGUCGUCACAGAAAUCAUUGUUAGAAUUCAUAUCUUCAUGAAACAUGUUCAUAAGUAUCUCCUGUCUCCUGCUUGAAUUGUUCCUGAAUCGAAGUUCUACUGAAUUGGGACAUUUUAUUUGAACUGAAGCCAAACUUUUGACUGGUCCGUCCAUGCAUAUUGAGGAUUGUUUUUCUGACGUAGCUGUUGUUCUCAUGUGCCUUCAUAACAAAGAAAAAAAAUUAGACUUGGCAGCGUACCGACAAGACCAUUCUUCCCCCAAGUGAAAGGCGCAGGCGCCUAAGACCUACCAAAAUUUCCCUUUAAGUCACGGAACGGGCAUUUGACAACAUCAUGAGAAGGCGGCCAAUUCAUCGUUAAGUUGCUGAUAUUUUAAUCUCGAUUAUAAGCCAGCCCAAAGAUAUUUCAGAUGUUAAAAUAAAAAUAGCUUCCGGUCCAUCCCAAAAUUAUUUAGUUCUCCCGUCCCGCACUUUUUGAUCUAACUCCUUCCCACGUUACCUAGAUUCUUCCUUAAAAGGGUUACAAUUCUAAUGGUCUUCAAUACUUAUAUACAGCUAUAUAGAGGAAACAUAGUAUUUAUUAAGGCAACGUCCGUACGGAUAGGGAUAUUUUUGAAUUCGCAAAUUUUUCUUUGCAGCGGAUUCAAAAAUUUCCACCUCCACGGGCAGCGCAUUGACAACAAAUUUGCCCACUUCUUAGUUGACUUACUGACAUUUCAGUCUCAAUUAAUGGCGAGCCGUAAGAUUUUCCAGAUAAAUAAAGAGCCUCGGGCGUAUCCCAAAGGUAUUUAGUCCUACCGUCCCGCAAGUGGUUUUCAUCUUAUUCCUUCUUAAGUUUCCUUAUUUUUCACCUCAAAAAGCUUAUGUUCAGUUCAUUUUAUUGCCUGCAGUUUGUUCUAAUAUGACAACUCUGACUGAGACAUCAGGAGUUCUAACUAGUCCUUACUAUCCAAGGACUUAUCCUAUCAGUACAAAUUGUAGUUGGAAAAUUACAGCAAGUAAAGGAGAACGCAUUGUGUUGGUCAUUGAAGACAUAAAAAUUCCGGAGUGUGGUUCAUCUUGCACGUGUGACUAUCUGCAAAUACAAAAUGGUUCAUCCUCUGAUGGCCUCUCAGGCAGGCGAAGAUGUGGAUAUAAAGACCGU